AUGGCCCCCACCCUGCUUGCCCGCAGCGCCCUCCCCUCCGCCUCGCGCACCUUCGCUCGUGCCCCCCGGGUCACCCUCCUCGUCCGCGCACGGUUCAACAGCACCGACGCCCCCAGCACACCCGCCGAUCUCAACGCUGUCGCCGCCAAGGCGCGCGUCGUCAAAACCCUCCCGGACUUUUCCAUGGCCAACAAGGUCGCCGUCGUCACCGGCGCCGCCCGGGGCCUUGGCUAUGAGUUCUGCCGCGCCUUCGUGCAGUCGGGCUGCACCAACCUCGCCAUCGUCGACCUCAAGGAGGAAGAGGCGGAGGAGGCCGCCGCCGAGCUCGUCAAGGCUGCAUGCGUUGACAGUCCCAUGGAACCCAGCGACUACCGUGUAAUGGGCAUCGGCUGCGAUGUCUCGUCCGAGAUCUCGGUCCACCAGGCGUUCCGGCGCGUCAUGGACACCUACGGCCGCGUCGACUCGGUCGUCGCGUCAGCGGGAAUCGUUGAAAACUACUCCGCAUUCGAUUACCCCUUCGACCGCAUCAAGCGGCUGUACGACAUCAACGUCCACGGCGCGUUCUUCACCGCGCGUGAGGCGGCGCGCAACAUGAUCCCCCUGGGCGGCGGGAGCAUCGUCCUCGUCGCGAGCAUGAGCGCCAACAUUGUCAACAUCCCGCAGCCGCAAACGCCCUACAACGCGGCCAAGGCCGCCGUCAAGCACAUGGCGGCGUCGCUCGGCGUCGAAUGGGCCAAGAGCGGAGUGCGCGUCAACACACUCAGCCCGGGCUACAUGCUCACCAAGCUUACCCGCACCAUUCUCGCCCACGACCAAGAGCUCAAGAGGACUUGGGAAAGUUUGACGCCAAUGGGUCGGAUGGGUGACCCUGAGGACCUCUCCGGCGCCAUUGUCUUCCUCGCUAGCGACGCGUCGCGCUUCAUGACUGGCAGUGAGAUUCGUGUUGACGGUGGCUACUGCAUCAUCUAA